AGUCGCUACCAUGGACCGCACACUGUAUAUUCUGAACUUCCUCUCCCAAAGAAGGGGCUGGUGGUGCAACGAUCCAUACGAUGGCAUCACAACCUUGGCUCCCCAGAAGGCAUUAUUUCGAAGUCAAUGACCAAGCCUGGUUUCCACAAACGCUUCGAGAAAAGGUGCAAGACUAUUUGACGCUUGGUUGGAUCAAUAGGCUGCCUAUUAUCCAGUCCACGUCUCCCGCUGCUCUUGUCUCCCGAGUCCUGUCCACAAUCCUCGGUUCUCGAGUCUCCGACUACGUCUACUUCGAUUUUGCUUCUGGUGCUGGCGGACCUACGCCCUAUAUCGAGAAACACUUGAAUGAGCAGCUGCGCAAGGAAGGCAAGGAACCAGUGAAAUUUGUGCUCACAGACAUCAACCCGCAUGUCAGCGCCUGGGAAGCCGUUGCUAAAAAGAGUGAGAACGUGAAUUACAUUGCUCAAAGUGUGGAUGCCACAAAUGCGCCCGGCGCAGAGACCCUGCUCGAGAAUGUACCCGGUGUCAAAAACAAGAAGGUUAUGAGGCUGUUCAGUCUGGCAUUCCACCACUUUGACGAUGAUCUGGCUGCGAAGGUCCUUGAGAAUACAGUCGAGACGUCCGACGCGUUCUGCAUCUUCGAGUUGCAAUCACGCAACUUCACCUCCUUCAUCACCAUUAGCCUUCUAUGGCCUUUAGCUAUGAUCAUCACUCCGAUCUACUUCUGGCAUUCUCCUUGGCACCUCUUUUUCACCUACCUUGUCCCUAUUGUCCCUUUCAUAUGGGUCUAUGAUGGAUACAUCUCCUGUCUGAGGACGAGGACCCCAGAUGAAGUUCAAGAUCUGUUACGAAAACGUGUGUCGAGCGAGCAAUUGAGCGGCUGGAAGUUCCAAAGUGGCCAGGCCUGUCAUACUUGGCCCAUAGGCUGGUUAUAUUGGAUCAUCUGUUACAAGAACGAUUGAAAUCCGAUGCAUUGAAUUGGGCUGUCAUACAUCACGUUUCCAAGCGCUUGAGAAGACUUCAUACCUGAGAGGUUUCCCCAACUUUCUUCCACAUCCCCCUUAUGCAUAGGCAUCACUGUCUCCACCAGACGGUCGAGUCUGUUGAUCAUCCGCUCUUUCCAGUACACUGAAUGAGUUUGCAUGGAUUCCACAGAUGGCUCAUAUCAGCCUGCCCCGCCUGCUGCGCCU